AUGCUUCGAUUCUUGACCUGUUCUCUUUUGAUUUCAAUGGCUUUGGUCUCGGCUAAAAGUCGAUUCGGGAGACAGGCAGAUGAGACACUCACCGACUCUGAGGGAUCGGGCCUUCAAUUCAUAAACUUUGAUGAGGGAUCUGCAUCAAAUCCAAUUGUUGCGAGAGAUCAAGAGAGAUCUGGAAUGAUGUAUGAUGAAGAAGGUUCUGGAAACACACUUCUUUUUGAUUCGGAGGCUCCGAUUCAAGUGACGAAUGUGACUGGAACUCAAGCUGAACCAUCUGCACAAUCCAAUGUCCUCAAUCAAUCCAUCAAUAUUACUGAUAGUGACGCGGAAACCUUGGUGAUCACAGUGCAUUUGCCGCAAAAAACGACGAGUCAGCUGCUCGACGAUCUCAAAGACGAUACUGCUCAACAGACCAACCCACUGAAUACAUUGGACAUAGCUGUCUCAUUGACCAGUGUUUUGAACGAACUUCUCGGACGGAUUCAGGAUGCAACCAAUCAAUAA